AUGCACGGUGGCUUACCGUGCAUGCAAUGUGAUAUCACAAUGACUGAGCAGGUCCUACUGGCCCCUUUUCUCUCGACUCAAUGGUCCGAGCCGAACAAUCUUGCUUCAACGAUGAGGUACUCAGUGGGACUCAGAAACUCAGCAUUUGCAACGGCGGCAGUCGAAGUGGCCACGGGGCUGGCAAAAGGAGCAUCAGAUGUCCUCCCCACAAGCCUUGCCCUAGGCGGCACACCCUCACCCGUAACCAGCAGUUUCGUGCCCUUUACUUUGAACAAGAGUACACCUCUGGCAACGCUUGAUUAUGGAAUCGAACGGGCCGGGUACGCCUUCUUCACGGUCGCCGGACUCAGCGAGCCGGUCCAGAUCGAGGUGAGGUAUAGCGAGCCGUUCGCGGGACUGAGCGACCCGCACUCUGACGGUCCGUUUCUCUUCUCGCCCAUGCUUGCCAACAGUUUCCGGGUCGAGACGUUCAAUGUCACCGACGUGGGACGCUUCGCCGCCCCGUUGCUCCAGGGAGGGCAGCGGUGGCAGUCUAUCACUCUGCUCACGGGCGGGGGUGUCUCCUUCGACAGUGUCGGAUUCGAAGCCACUGUGGACAUUACUGCCGUUGACGAGCUCCCAGGCUCCUUUGACUGCAGCGACGACACGUUCAACGAGGUGUGGAAACUGGGUGCAGUGGCCGCUUCGACUGCGUGUGUGGAGAAAGGAUCGCAGGGCGCAGUGUGGGAGGUGGACCCGAGCAAGGGAGUGUUCGUUCGGUCCACGAAGCCUUCCAUCACCCUCGAAGGCACCGGAUUCUCCAACUACACACUGGGAUUCGAGACAAACAUUGAUCGAGGCGGUGUCUGGUGGAGUGUUGCGAGCGCAGAGAGAACAACAGCGAUCCAGUUAAUGCUCGUCGGCGAGUUGCCCGAGGAGACCACCUUUGUCAACACGAACCGCAGCUUGUUGCAACCUAAUUCGGUGCUACUUGGCUACGGGUUUAAUUUCCUCAAUCAGACCCUUGUGAGCUCCUACCUGCUCGAUUGUUUUCCGGUUCCAUUCAACGUUAGCGAGGGGUCCUGGUACGACCUAUCGACCUCCCUCUCGCAAAGCGGUCGCCUGUCAGUGUCAGUCAGCCAACAGCCGAUAUUCAACGUGUCCCUGCGCGACUACAACGUCGGAGGCACCAUAAGCACCAGCGGCACCUUCGGCUUCGGCGCAUGGCAGGAUCAAGCAGCAUACGUCCGCAACGUGGUGGUCACAGACACUGCCACUGGCAGAAGGCUAUACUCCAACAGCAUGACCUCCCGGGACGUGCUGGCCGAGUACGGGACCCAGGCUAAUGUAGGCUCGGUCUGCCUGGACGGACCGAAACGCGACAGGGCAGUGUGGCUCGGUGACUUCUACCACACAGCACGCAUCAUCGCCACCAGCACGUCGCGGAACGACUUGUCGAGGGGAACGCUGCAGUUCCUGCUGGACACGCAAGACGAGCACGGCGAGCUCGCCAUCAGCCCGCCGCUGGGAUACGACCCCUCGGGCACGUACAACACCACGGGCGACCUGGUGGACUACCAGUUCCUGGGGCUCGCGAGCCUCCACAGCUACGUGCAACACUCGGACGACCUUUCGUUCGCGGCAGGGACAUGGCCGCGCUGGCAAAGGGCAGUCUCGUUCCUCCUCGGCACCAUAAGCCCAGCCGACGGCCUGGUCCACGUCGCCACCGCGUUCCUCGGCCCGCCACGGGGCGGCUCGGCCGUCUCGUGCCUCGCAGCCCAGGCGCUGCGGAACCUGGCGGAGGUCGCGGCGGCCCUCGACGACACCUCCUCCCAGCAGGCCUGGGCCGCAGCGGCAGACUCCCUCGCGGCCGCCAUCAACACGCACCUGUGGGACGACGCGCAGGGCGUCUACGUCCAGUCGCCAGCCGACCCGGCCACCUUCUCCGCAGCCUCGACGGCGUUCUGCAUCACCUCGGGCGUGGCAGACACGACACAAGCCACGCGCUCCCUCGCGGCCGCGGAGGCCCGGCUGAAGCUUGGCCCGGGCUACCGCGACUCGACGGUGGCCGCGGACGCCAACACGGCGACCCUGCUAUCCCCCAACACGAACGGCUUCCUCCUCGACGCGAUGCUCACGGCGGCAUCUCGGGCCCAGGAGAACGACACCGCCACCGCCGCGGUGCUCGCCCGCACCGCCGGCGCGCUGGUCCGCUCGCUGUGGGGCGCCAUGCUGGGCGACGAGACCACGGCCACGGGCGCGAGCUGGGAGUACGUCUCGCAGGGCGGGGGCCCCGGGCUGGGGCUGUUCACGAGCCUCGCGCACCCGUGGGGCGGCGCGGCGACGUACGUGCUCACCGAGCGGGUGCUGGGCCUACGUCCUGCUCCUGCCGCUGACGGUGGUGGUGGUGGUGCAGCUGUGGGAUUCGGGUACCGCAGGUGGGUCGUCGACGUCUCUGCCGGUGUCCUGCUGGGGCUGGCGAGGGCCGAGGGGAGCGUGGCGACGGCACAUGGGACGCUGCGGGCCAGCUGGGUGGUCCGUCGCGGACGGGACGGUGACGGCGGUGACGUGCUGCGGUGCGUUGUGACGGCGCCUGCUGGGACGGGCGGGGUGCUGCUGUACGACUUGGGACGGUCUGUUGUUCUGGAGGGGGAUACCACUUACGAUGUCACGGUCAAUCUGUGA